ACUUACCAUCUGUAAUAGGAAAUAAUAAUUGCAUGGGUUUUUGACAUUUGGAGGAGUGUUAUUUGAACCUUUUCCUUACGUCUAGAGAACUGUGAAUCAUCUGAGUCUUGGUAGGAGGCAGGACCUGUGUUGUAUUACAGAUAAAGAAAAAAAUGCCACAUCUUGCCUUUUCAGCAUCCCUCUCAGCGAAGGUGCUGGCUUCUGACCUAGGCUUACUUAACCAGAUAUCUGGGAUGUUGAACUGGGACUGACAGAGGCAGGAAAAGUGAGCACCAUGGCUCAUGGUGGUGACAGUAGACACGACAUCAGAAGUUGGUUUUCUAGGCCACAUAGGCCAGUAACCCCAGCCGUGGCAUCCGGUGGUAGCAGUGGGAACCUCGUCAGAAUGGUUUUGGGCGUAGUUUGGGAAUGUUUCUGCAUGUGUAGCUUCCGUUUACUUCUCUGCCUAGUUUGUCAGUCUGCUACUCCAAAAUUUUUGGAGAUUUUAUGAGCUGCUUCAUUUCCAUUCAAUCCGUUUCUUGUCUACUGCAAUAGACUGAAUUGUGCACCCUUCCUUCAUCUGCUGAGCCUUAACUGCCAUGUGACUGUAUCUAGAGAUAGGGUUGGUAGGAGGAAAGUGAGCUUAAAGAAGGUCAUAAGAGUGGGACCCUAAUGUGAUAGGACUCUGGCCUUGUCAGAAGAGGAGGAGAGGGAGAUCUUUCUCUCUUGGCCAUGUGAGGACAUGGGGCAGAGGCAGAGAGAUCUGCAAGCCAGGAAAAGAGCUUUCACCUGAAACCAAACCCUGUUAGACCUUGAUCCUGGACUUUCAGCUUCCAGAACUGUGAGAAAUAAAUGUUUGUUGUGUAAGCCAACCAGUGUGUGGUAUUUUGUUACGGCGGCCCGAGCUGACAAAUACAGACUUGGGUGCAGGGAAGCGGGCAACAACCACACACUGUCACGAAAAGAGGGAGGCAGAGCCCCAUGGACUUCCCAGAGCGUUGCCACGGAGUGGGACUUUCUUCCUGCCUAAGCUGGGGCCAGGGCUUGCUUUUUCCACUGAAGGACCCCUUCUCAGUGUCUCCAGGAGAGUGGCUCAUCCGCUUUUCACCUCACUCCUGCCUGGGCUAGGCAGAAAGCACUUUUAAGGGCAGAGAAACAAACAACAUGUAGUUUGCCAUCAAUGGCAACAUUUGCACAAGUCUGAGUGUGCUGGGUCUGGGCCCAGGUGCCCAGGAGCCCGCUCAGCCGGCACCUGCCACCUCUGCCCUGGCCUGGCCUGACCACCAGCUGCCCCUGCAGACUCCCCUCUGCUUGGCCGGAGGGGGCCGGCACACCUCUGAGCACAUCUAGUCUGUUCCUGGGAACUGUACCUCCUAACAUCUUGUUUGAGGCACAGAACCUGAGUGCCCCGCAUGACAGAGAUAAGUCAUGCUGCAGAAGAAACCCCUGAGGGUUUAUUGUUACAAUUAAAGUUUUAAAAGCAGCUGACUAGGAUGAACAGCAACAUUUUCAAACGAAAAUAAACUGAGAAUGGACCUGUGUGAGAUGUGGAAAAUAUUUUAAAGCAAAGGAAAUGAUUCAGCACCUCCGCGAUGUGGCACAGAGAUGAAUUACGCAGUGUCUUGGCAGGUUACAAUGGUACCAUCUUUGCAUAUGGGCAAACAGGCAGUGGUAAGACAUUCACCAUCACGGGUGGAGCAGAACGCUACAGUGACAGAGGCAUUAUCCCAAGGACACUGUCGUACAUUUUUGAGCAAUUACAAAAGGACAGCAGCACAAUAUAUACAACGCGCAUUUCCUAUUUGGAAAUCUACAAUGAAUGUGGUUAUGAUCUGUUGGAUCCAAGACAUGAAGCCUCCAGUUUGGAAGAUUUGCCGAAAGUGACAGUGUUUGAGGACCCUGACCAGAAUAUUCACCUGAAAAACCUGUCUCUCCAUCAGGCAGCGACAGAGGAGGAAGCUCUGAAUCUGCUUUUCUUAGGAGACACCAACAGAAUGAUUGCAGAGACUCCAAUGAACCAAGCUUCAACUCGUUCCCACUGCAUUUUCUCUAUUCACUUAUCAAGCAAGGAGCCAGGAUCUGCGACCGUCCGCCAUGCCAAACUUCACUUGGUUGACCUGGCUGGUUCAGAGCGAGUUGCAAAGACUGGAGUGGGAGGCCAACUUCUAACAGAGGCCAAGUACAUCAACUUGUCCCUUCAUUACUUAGAACAGGUGAUCAUUGCUCUUUCAGAAAAACACCGUUCCCACAUUCCCUACAGGAACUCCAUGAUGACCAGUGUCCUAAGAGACAGUCUGGGAGGGAACUGCAUGACGACCAUGAUUGCAACUCUCUCUUUAGAGAAAAGGAAUAUCGACGAGUCUAUAUCUACCUGCAGAUUUGCACAACGAGUGGCUCUCAUAAAGAAUGAAGCUGUUCUCAAUGAAGAAAUCGAUCCCAGAUUGAUGAUUAUACGCCUACAAAAAGAAGUUCAGGAGCUGAAGGAUGAACUGGCCAUUGUCACUGGGGAGCAGAGGACAGAGGCGCUCACAGAUGCAGAGCUCCUUGAGCUGGAAAAACUAAUAACCUCCUUUUUGGAAGACCAAGAUCCGGAGAGUAGACUAGAGGUUGGCACUGAUAUGCGUAAAAUUCAUCACUGUUUCCAUUAUUUAAAGAAACUAUUGAAUGACAAGAAGAUCCAUGGAAAAAGCACAGUCUCUUCGGAAAUCAAAGAUCAAGACUGCCAAGAACCAUUAAAAGAGGAAGAAUAUAAAAAGCUACGAGACCUUCUACAGCAGAGGGAUAAUGAAAUCAAUAUUCUGGUCAAUAUGCUAAAGAAGGAAAAGAAGAAAGCUCAGGAUGCUCUCCACUCAUCUGGCAUGGAUAGAAGUGAAUGUGGACACUCAAAGAGUUCACCUUUUCCACCUGGGAACCCAGAAGGUCUGAGGACUUUGCCAUCCUCAGCUCCCACACAGGUCCAGGACGUCAACACUUUUGGGUACAGAUCCAGUUUGCUCCACAGAAAAACAGUGAUGAGAGAGGAAAUGUCAUUAGGACGACAAGAAGCUUUUGAAAUCUUCAAGAGGGACCACGCUGACAGCGUUACCAUCGAAGACAACAAACAGAUUUUGAAGCAGAGAUUUUCUGAAGCAAAGGCCCUGGGAGAAAGUAUAAAUGAAACAAGAAGUAAAAUUGGUCGCUUGAAAGAAGAAAUCACCCAGCGCCAUAUGCAGCAAGUAGCUCUAGGCAUCUCAGAAAACGUAGCCAUGCCUUCUAUGCCAGACUUGCUGGAAGAAAAGCUUCGAUCACAACUGGAGGAAGAAAAGAUAAGGUAUAAAAUGAUGUUCACACGCCUGAAGGCCCUGAAGGUGGAGAUCGAGCACUUGCAGCUGCUCAUGGACAAAGCCAAGGUGAAGUUGCAGAAGGAGUUUGAAGCCUGGUGGGCCGAGGAAGCCACCAGCCUGCAGGUAAAUUCUCCAGCAGUGAAUUCCCUCAAUCACAUGAAGCCCUUUCCCCAGACACCUGAGUCCCAGCGUGAAAGGUCUCAGCUUCUCUGUAACCAAAGUGAUGUGAACACCAGGAAAAUCUUGCCCUCGCCUUGUCCCAUCCCGCACAGCCGGGAGCCCAGUAGCACCAGUGCCUCCCUGGAAGACAGCAUCCCUGAGAAGCCAGCAUCAUCUAUCCCUCUCACUGGGGACAGCCAGACUGACUCUGACAUCCUGGCAUUCAUCAAGGCCAGACAGAGCAUUCUGCAGAAGAAAUGUUUCCAGUAAGCAUCCGGCCGUGCACUGUGGCAGCAAGAAUGGAGUACAGACGAAGGAAGGCAUCUCUUCUCACUCGCCCUGGCUUCAGAUGUGAUCUGUGGGCUGCUGGGAGCAACUAGUGAUUUGGGUUCCCAUAGAGGGGGCCGUGUUUCCUUAAGGAUGGUGUCCUGGAGGCUGCCAGUGAGGCUGGGACCAGGGCUUCUGGCACCAUCCUUGCUGUGGGUACUGGGGCUGUUGGCCGGACCAGGCAAUGCCGGGGUGCUAGUGGUUAUAUAAGGGCUUCUGCUCACUCUUGUAGUGGCCGAUUUUAAACCUUGGAGAUUAUGAAAUAGUACCAUCAUAAUGCAGUGGCAGGGGAGGCUCAUGCUGGUAGAAUACGGGAGAAAUGAUCAUCUGUUAUUUUUAGCUACCUACCAGCCCACUCUCUGCCCUACCCCCUGGUUUAGGAGCCCAGGAAUGGCUGGGGCAAGCCAGGCAGGACGUUGGAGCCAAAGACAAAGCAGUGGAGUGCAAAGCAUCUUGAUGGCCAGUCCUGAUCUCCCAAAGCAAACCUUGUGCCAUCACCCUCAUGGCCCAGAUGAUCUAUAGGCAGUGCCUGAAUCAGCCGUAUUUCUAAAGAGUCACCCACCCUGUAGGGUCCAAGGACAUCGUUGCACCCUAGGAGCUGUGGAUGGCUCCCAGGAGCUCUGCAGAGAGCUUGAGAGGCGCGGUGUGGGCACCUGGGCCUCACACCCUCACCCAGCCUCUUGGGGCUCUGCAUGACUUGGGCCCAAACUCCCUGCUCCCACCGGGAAAACAGAGCUGCCAGGAGCUUGCCUCAGUGAGCCCUUGCAGCGCUCUGGGGCCUGGCUGCAUGAUACAGACCCAGGGGAGGGUGGGCCAGCCCUCAGGAGGCCCUCAGAGGGCAAGGGCAGCAAGGUCCCAAGCCAGCAGUAGGUGGGGAGAGGUGUGGAGUGGGGAGAGGAUGGACAUCUGAAAUGAAGCUGAGUAAAAGUGUUUGUCUACCAUUCCUGCUAUCUCUGUCCUAUGAAUACAGGACCUGCCGCCCUGGAAAGGAGCAGAGAGAAAAUAGAUUGAAUUGGCUUGCUGUCCCCUCCUCCCCAGGACUGGGUAAAAGGAUCAUUCGAGAGAAGGUAGAUGGUCCCAUUUCAAAGCCAGGCAGGCCAUGCAGCCCCUCCAAUCCACACCCUCACUGAUAAUAUUAGAAACCCUGAAGCAAAGGGGGUGGGGGGCUGGCUUCUAAGGGCUUGUUAGCGGCAAAUGUCCCCUCCUCGGGGGCUUUCCCUGACCGCCCAACUAGAGCCACCCCCUAGUUGCUCUCUAUCCCAUUUCUCUGUUUUAUUUUCCUCAUCACCACCUGACAUAUCAUCUCUCUUUAUUUGCUUAUUUUUUUAUGGCCUGCAACCCCUCCCCCAAGACUAAAAGCUCCAUGACAACAAGGACCUACAUGUCUUGCUCAUCACUAUGUCCCCAGCACAAGUUGGCAUUGAGUAAAGUACCCUUUCAGUUAAUGAGUGGCAGAGACAGAACCCAGACUUCUUGGGCUGGCAUCUGGCCCAUGCCUUUACUCUGGCUCUGUGACUGAGGCCCAUCGGGCAGGGUCCAGCCUCCCUGGCCCUCACAGUCCUGCGGCACAUAGUAAGUCCUCAAUAAAGUCUGUAGGACCCAGGAAGACCAAAAUAGAGCCCUUAUAGCCAGAUCCUAGAAGCCUCCCCGAGUGCCCAGGGCACACGUGUAACACAGACACCCAGUCUCAAGAGCCCUGAGGCAGCAUGGAGUUGGCCAGAGUCUUUGGAGACAGCCUCAGUGUGCCUGGCACACCUUAGUGCCCUCGGCCCUCUAGAGCUGGUUAGAGUCUAUUGACUUUAGAUCUCCUGCUGAGAACUUAUCUCCUGGAUCCAAAGGCCUUAUUGACAGAGAUGUGUGGUGUGGGCCCAUGCAGGGUGUGAACCCGCCUUCUGCAGCAAUCACUGAAGGCAGGAGAGGAAAUGAAGAAGAGAGAAAAACAGACAGCUAGGCCAUGGUGUCUUGCCGAGAGAGCUGUAUACCAAGUGUGUACAGCAACUGGAGAGGGACACCCCCCCCCCCCAAAUGUCCCUUCCCAAUGGAAGCUGGGCCUUUGAUGUGGACGCAUGCUUGACCACAGUGCAUCUUCCACAAAGUUCACUGGCCUUUAAAAUGGGAGAAAUGGAUGCAAUGCUCUGAAAAGACUCUCCAGCAAUCCUGAGCUCAGUGGGGCAUGUGAGUUCACUCCAGGCCAAACUGUAGAGCUUUCCAAAAUAUCUUCUGGAAAGCAGCCUGGCCGGUGACUCCAGCCCAGUCCCUACUAGAAUUCAAUUUGCUCUGCUAUUCACUUGACAGGAGAUGUUAGGAGGACAGUUUAGAAUGUGGCUUGCUCAGAUCCUGCUACAAGGGAUUUUUAGGAAGCAGAUACAGAAACUGUGGUAGAUUGAAUAACCAGUCUUAAGACUUUGCCCCCUGAAAUAGAAUUAUACAUCCAAAGCUUUGCCACAGCCUCAUGGCGGUAGGGUAUUCUUUCCUACCCCUUAAAUUUGGGCUUGGCUCUGUGACUUGCCUUGGUCAAUGGGAUGUUAGCAGACGUGAUACAAGCAGAGGCUUGACAUGAGCCUGCAUGCUCGGGCUCUCCUCUCACACUCCAGGGAUCUGCCUUGAGAGGAACAUGCCCUGGAUAGGUGUGCCCCUUCAGCCUAGAUCCCAGAACAUACAGAGAGCAGAUCUGAGCCCAGCCUACAGCCUGGAGCCAAGGCCAGCAAACCUGUAGCCUGGAGCAGAGCCAUCCCAUCAAGUCCAGCCCAGACCAGCUGAACCCUGGCUGAUCCAAAGACCCAAAAUCAUGAGAAUAAAUGUUUGUUGUCAUAAGCCACUAAGCCUUGGGGUGAUUUGUCAUGAAGCAUUAACUGUAGCCACAGAUAACAGAUACAGAUAUUGAAACCCAGAGAUGGUAUAUGACUAGAUGCAGAAUUUCUCAGAGUUCACUCUUUCCGUCCACGCUGCCUACUGAAAGGGCACUUGAGAGAACACUGUAUAUGAAAAAGUAGGACCACCACUUACGGCCAUGAUAGAGCAACAGGGACAUGAUUUACCCUCCUGCUUUAAAUAACUGAAAAUUAGACAAAAUGUAUAAGACAAUAAAACACUGGGAAAAGGCAGUACAGGACACUAACCCCCAAGAGAAGGGAAACAAGUGAGGUGAGCCCUAUGAUUGCCCCAACUUACAGCUCCUCACAGUACUUAGGCUGCAGUCCUGGAAGCGGGCACCAGGUGGCGCCCAGUGGUUUCCCUAGUUAAGGAAUUGGAGCCUGUAGUCCAGGGAGGCCAAGGGGGCUUCCGUUGGCAAGGCCAAGUACAAGAGAUGAGUGAGCUGCAGAGUGCCGACACACUGUGGAGAUCUCCAGAGGGUUCUCUCAAGUCUUCAGCCAACUGCUGGGCGAGACACGUGGGUGAAGAAAUCACUCAAGGCUGGAGAAAGAACCACCAGAAAGGAGCUAGUAGAAAAUUUUCCAGAAAUAACACAGGGUUGGGAGUACUCCCAACAGCCACAGUGGAGAAACCUUCUCACAAAAAAAGUCACUGAACAGAAAACACAUAAGGUAUUUAUGUGUGGCAGGCAUUUGGAAGUAGCACCAAAUUAGCCAGAGAUCAAAGCUAUUCUGGUCCCGCCUAACAAAAUCUAAAAAGUAAGCAUCAAAAGAGUCAAACUGCUUUCAGUGAGUUUCCACACAGAGCUCAAAAACAUUUAAAGGAAUAAAAAAAGAAUCUAACAUCUAACAAUAUAGAAGGGGCACCCAGUAGAAGUUACCAAGGAUGCAAAGAAGCAGGAAAACAUGGUUUGUAGGAGAAAAACCAAUUCAUAGAAAUAGAAACAAAUAGAAACCGAUGAUUGACUACGUAGACAGGGACUGCUUUUUAAUGCAAUGGUGUAUGUUUAAAAUACAGGCAAGGGGUGCAUGGGUGACUCAGGCACGUGGGUGACUCAGUCUGCUAAGCGUCUGACUCUUGAUUUUGGCUCAGGUCAUGAUCUCAAGGUUCGUGAGAUCCUGAGAUCAAGCCCCGUGGGCUCUGCGCUGACAGCACAGAAUUCUCUCUCUCCCUCUCUCUCUGCCCCUUCCCCUCUCUGUUUCAAAAUAAAUAAACUUUUAAAACAUAUGUAUAGGCAGAAAUAUUCCCCUUGCAAUUCCUCAAAUGUAAACAUGACUCAUCCAUCUGGUCAUUCUUUUAACAAGGAUGUACCAUCCACUGUGCUAAGUUCUGGUGACUCAGAGGUGACCAAGACAGAGAAAGUGCCAAUUGUCUCAUUCUAGGGAUGCCUGGGUAGCUCAGUCAGUUGGGAGUCCAACUUGGGCUCAAGUCCUGAUCUUGUGGUUCAUGAGUUUGAGCCCUGCAUCUGUCUCUGUGCUGACAGCUCAGAGCCUGGAGCCUGCUUCAGAUUCUGUGUCUCCCUCUCUCUCUGUCCCUCCCCUGCUCACAGUCUGUCUCUCUUUCUCUGAAAAAUAAAUAAACAUUAAAAAUUUUUUUAAAAAAAAGAA